CCUGGGUUAUAGAGCACCUGGGUCGUAAAGCCGUAGUAAAAACAAACAGAUGACAACGGAGCUAUUAGGCGAACUACUAAGCUCGUAAAAACGCGGUCAAAUUCAUAUUUUCAGACGCGCGAAUUAAAUUAAUAAUUCGGAAUGGCGAAGAGUCACCUGUUCGGCGAUGGUGUAGGUGUAGGUCAGUGAUCGUUGGGAGUAUAAAACGAUCUGUCGCCGAACUUGGAGAUCAGUAAUCAGUAAUCAGUAGCAACUGCAGCAAAUCCAGCACCAAAAUGAUCAAGACCGCGCUAAUCAUUUCCCUGUUCCUGGUGGCCGCCAUCCGAGCUGCAGACGAAUCACAGGCAGAGACCACCAAAUACCGCAACGAGAUCAAGCCGGAUGGCUCAUACAGCUGGGAAUACGGAACCUCCAACGGAAUCGAUGCCCAGGAGAGUGGAGUGGGUGGAGUUCAAGCAACGGGAUCCGUGAGCUACGCUGCUCCCGAUGGAACACCCAUCCAGCUGCAGUACACGGCCGAUGAGAACGGAUACCGUCCGACUGGUGCUCAUCUGCCCACGCCGCCUCCCAUUCCGGACUACAUCCUCAAGGCUUUGGCCUACAUCGAGGCGCAUCCAUUCCAGAGGAUUCAGCUGAAGAAGUAGUCCUUAAACACACAAAAUAGAUUUAAU